GACAAAUUUCACUUUGUAGAGUAUAGAUGCUAAACAAAAAAAAAAAGUAAUAUUUUGAGACUAUUUGUAGAUAUACAGUUAGUAAUUCUUCACCAAACCCCCUACUUCUGAACACACAGACUAAUCCCAGGGAAAAGUAAACAGUGUCUUUGUUUUUUUCCAUUUGGCUUGCCAUGGAUCUUUUUUUCCUGUUCAAAAUCUCACAUUGUGUUUCUGUGUCUGUAUAGACAACAACAUGUCCGACAGAGGAUUAGUUGAGGAGGAGGUGGCUGUGACUCAUACAGGACCAAAGGGAGUAAUUAAUGACUGGCGGAAGUUUAAGCUGGAGAGUAUGGAUCAGGAGUCCUUACCUCCCAACAAGCAGGAGCUGCUGAAACAGAUGUCAUCCCCGCACAAAUACUGUAACGCAAGUCAAAAGAUGAGCGUCCAGGAGUACGAGCUGCUUAAGGAUGAUGAUGAGCAGUGUCUACGCAAGUACCGCAAGCAGUGCAUGCAGGAGAUGCAUGAGCGUCUCAGCUUCGGGCCCAGGUUCAGUGGUGUGCAUGAACUGGACAACGGUGAGGCAUUUCUCGAAGUAAUUGAGAAGGAGCAUCAGCUCACUGUAGUGGUGGUGCACAUCUACAAAGCUGGUGUCAAGGGCUGUGAGGCGCUGGACAGGUGCCUGGACUGCUUAGCUGCUGAGUAUCCCAGCGUCAAGUUCUGCCGCCUCAACGCAGCCGUCUCCGGUGCGGGUGAACGCUUCUCUGACGACGUUCUACCAGCUGUACUGGUUUACAAGGCUGGAGAGAUGCUGGGAAAUUUCUUGGCGAUCACACAGCAUUUCAAUGAUGAGUUCUUUGCCACAGAUGUGGAGGCCUUCCUCACUGAAUAUGGACUGCUGCCAGAAAAAGAACUCAGGCCAGGUGGGGAUGAGGCAGAUGUGGAGUGA